AUGAGUAAAAAUCCUGAAACAUCACAUUUAUCUUCGCGUCCAGACCUCUUAAAUAUUGAUCGGGAAUAUGCUGAUAAUCUUAAAAUCCUUCUGGAUAAUAGCCCAGGUAAAGGUAUAGUGCAAUCAAGGGUGGCAUUGAUUUCAAAUAACGAUAAAAGGGACUCAAUCGGUGAAAGGAAUGAUAUUGUCUCUCCCUCUAUGGAUUCGUCACGGAAGGGUCUUUCCCUGACAGUGUUUCAGAAUACCGCGUCGGAUGGAGUGUCGGUUCCGCAGCGCAAUCAUGGACUUAAGUCGAUUCCAGAAGAGAUUUUGUCUCCCGAUCGCAAAAUUGAUGCAAGCAAUGACGCACAUUUCGGUCAAGACUCCGUGCGGACGUUUCACACAACCUUCUUUCUUGGAACUAGUGACAAACCUCCCAAUGUCGUUGACCUUAGUAAACCGGUGAAGAUAUCGGCACCUGUUAUGCGCUCGAAAUCUUUUGGGAGAAAAAAUAUGUCGGCACGUAUUCAGUCUCUUUUGGAAAAUUUUGAAUCAUCCGAGUGUAGUUUUGACUCUUCUUCAUUGCCUGCAACACCUCGAAGCAUUGAAAAAAGACCGGCUAAACAAUUUUCCCCCGAGGUGUCAAUGUCUGAAAACAAGUCCUCCGCAGAGGCUUGUUUUGCCUGUAACAAAGUGAUCUAUCCCCUUGAUCGCUACUCGACAGGUUCUCACGUCUACCACAAAAGCUGCCUCAGGUGUAGCAUUUGUGAUCGAAGCUUAUCGGGCAUCACCUGUGAGUCUUCGAAGGACAAACUCUUCUGUAGACCUCAUUUCCUCGAAAAAGCCCACGGAAUUUCUACGGAUAACCAUAAGUGA